CAAAACAUUUGUGUCAUAUAAGGACCGCCAUGACUAUUGACAAGACCGUCGCAGUUAUUCCCUCAUGUCCACUGUACACGAUUAUCCGUUGGAGCUUCUGUCCCGAAUCUGUGCCCAUAUAUACUCCGCAUGUCUUCCCCCUGUCGAAACUUCGUUGGAUCCCCUCAUUAUAACUGAACACGGUGUACCUGUCUCUCUUCCAUCUACCCUUCCGCCAAGUUACUGGCCGGAACAAGAUUCGCGUCAUACACUUUCCAGCCUUUGCCUUGUGAAUCACGCUUGGUACGAGGCUGCGAAACCCUGGCUAUGGCGUAAGCUGGAGGUCCGCUUGCCCCGCUCCUGGUUAUCACUCGUUGACGAGAUUGCAUGGGAUCUUGAAGAAGAGACCGUUGAUCAAGUCAUGGAAAAAACUGUUAGAGCUGCAACUGACGCUGCCCUGCGGUCUGCAUCUUCCAGCUUUGUCGUUGACAAGGAUGCGGAGAAAGAACUUCACGCGACUGUCAUCGACUCCAUUGCUUUGCCUGAAGAAUCAGUUCCUCUCGAACUCCUUUCCCCGGUAGCUUCCCGUGAGCCGAGCCCAAGAAGAUUCAGGACAAAGAGCAAGAGUCCGGCUCGCUGGGAGCUCGUGCGUACCAUCAGCGAUGCAAUUCAAACUGUGCUUGAUAGCAAAUCACCCGGUUUUUACGUACCCAUUCCCCGUGAUCCUCGUCCAGGUCGUUUUGUGCAACAUCUCGAUUUCAAUCAUUUUCGGACUAUUGGAAUGCGACGUUCUGUAGACGACGGAGCCAACAGCAGAUUUGUCACCGGUGAUCGUGUUGAGGCCAUUUUGAAGGAAAUGCCCAAUCUGACGGUGUUUGGAGCUACGGAAUAUAUGGAUGGCGCAUUGACUCUACCCGUGCUCAACGAACUGCUUUUACGUGGGGCUCCCUCUCGUGGUCGCGGUCGCCCUUCCCGUGGCCGAGCUUUUAUAAACGUUAGUGACGCAGAGGAAGAAGAUCGAGAGAGGAGACGAGAGUGUGUUGAAUUGGAGGCUUUAGAUUUCACCGGUUGCGUCAGUGCGGUCUUCGUAAAUGCUCUCACGGAGUUUGUCACCACUAAUCUCCUUCCACCGUUUGAGGGUAUCUCCGAAAGGGAUGUCCUUCAUCGUUUUGCGACCACAUCCUUGGAUGAUAUGUUGUUCCUGCCAGGGCUCCAGCGCCUUGGAUUACGUGGGGUCAAGUCUGUGCUACCACACAUACUUACUCCAUUUGUUUUGGCAUUUCCGUCCCUCACUCAUCUCGAUCUGUCCGGAACUCGAGCGUCCUCGGAACUUCUAGCUGCUUUGGGUCAAUCUCCAACUGUUCGACUGCAAUCACUCGCACUGAGCCGUUGUAUCCGGCUUACCAGUGCGGGUAUCCGUUCGUUUUUGAUUGAUUCUCCUGUUACUUCCAAUUUGACGGAAUUGAAUUUAUAUGGGGACAUGACCUUCGUCUCACCGCUUGAAGAACAUGAUCUGAAGGACAUCUUAUCGUUGGCGCCAUGCUUUGUUCGAGGAAAUUUAGUGUAUCUUGAUUUGUCAAGUGCCCCUCUAACCCAAGAUGUUUUGGAUGUGUGCCAACCCCUACAAAAACUACGCUCUCUUGGGAUGUCCCAUAUACCCGACCUUCCGUUGAAAAUUGUAUCAACUUUCAUUCUGAGCAAGGCGCCACAUGUUGAAGUACUCGCUCUGGUGGGUACCACACCUGAGCUUGACUGUGGGUUGAGACCAGGAAACACCGGACCUGUAGCACAGCGAGGCACAGUACGACAGUCAUGUGUAGCUCUGCACUCGCGCUUAAUCAAUCCCUUAUGCACGCCUCCGUUCUCGUUCAGUAUCCUUAACCCCGAUUCUCGAAAAUCUCAAGCACCAACGAGCUUGCGAGUAGUCGAACUUUCUCAAGUCAUGCUUGGCGGCCUCGGUGGCGGCGCCGGAAGCUGGAGAAUUGUGAGAAGCAAAGGUGGUCGAGGUUGGUAUGUCGACACUUCCAGUGGAUGGGUCAGUCAACCUGGGGAAGGAACUUGUCUCAGACGCGACCUGGGGCUCGAUCAUCCAUUACGGAGGGAAUUACAAGCACUAGCUGAUGCCAAUGGGAAUGUCAGCAGCGGAGUUGGCUGGCACGCCCGCAAAAUGGAGGUUCUCCACGGGAGAGGAAUGCUGGGUCGCGAGGAUGGUCUCUACGGUGCUGUCAGUUUUGCAUACCAGGGGUGACACGUCCAGAAUGACGGUUGAAUUUGUCUACCGGAGUUACUGUAUGUACGCUCAAGAAAUUAUCAUAUAUGAGCAUUUAAUACCAUUAUUAGUAUUCAAUGAACGCCCUUGUACGCCCC